CCCACCCCCGGCGCCCAGCGCGCGGCGCCAUUGGAUGGACAGCCCGUCGGUCUCCGGGGACUUUCCCAGGGGCGUGGCGUGGCCCCGGCAUUUCCUGGUACCGGCCGGAGCUUAGGGCAGCUGAGUCUGGCCCGGUGCCCCGAAGUUCUCGUCCUAGGCCAGGUGGCCGUCUCGGCAGGGGUUUGAGCUAUCCUCAUGGAAGGGAGAGGACCCUACCGGAUCUACGACCCAGGGGGCAGCACGCCUCUGGGAGAGGCAUCUGCAACUUUUGAACGCCUAGUGGUGGAGAAUACCCGGCUGAAGGGAAAAAUACAAGGGAUAAAGAUGUUAGGGGAGCUCCUAGAGGAGUCUCAGAUGGAAGCGUCCAGGCUCCGACAGAAGGCAGAGGAGCUGGUCAAGGACACUGAGCUGCCUCUGCCGCCAGCUGCUCCUUCCUUGGGCUCCUUCGAUCCCCUGGCUGAACUCACAGGACAGGAUGCACAAGUCCAGGUGCACCCUCCUGCCACCACUCCCAACACCACCACCACUCCCACCACCACUGAAAACUCCAUGGAGAAGCCAGCACCAGCCUCCAGGCCUUCAUCCAAUGGCACUUCCUCUGACUUUGAAGUGGUCCCCACUGAGGAGCAGAAUUCUCCACCCAAAACUGACAGCCACCCUAGGAACAUGAUGGAGCUGGGGCCCCCACCCCCAGAGGACGGCAAUCUCAUGCUCCACCUGCAGCGCCUGGAGACCACCCUGAGCGUAUGUGCCGAGGAGCCUGACCACAGCCAGCUCUUCACCCACCUGGGUCGCAUGGCCCUCGAGUUCAACAGAUUAGCCUCCAAGGUGCAUAAAAACGAACAGCGCACGUCCAUCCUGCAGACCUUGUGUGAGCAGCUGCGCCAGGAGAAUGAAGCCCUGAAGGCCAAGCUGGACAAGGGCCUGGAACAGCGGGAUCAGGCUGCUGAGAGGCUGCGGGAGGAAAACAUGGAGCUCAAGAAACUGUUGAUGAAUAGCAGCUGCAAAGAGGGCGUCUGUGGGCAGCCCAGCUCUCCAAAGACAGAGGGUGCCGGCAAGAAGGGUAUGGCCGGACAGCAGCAGGCCGGUGUGAUAGCAGGUAAAGCCCCUGAGGUGGGGGUCUUGGGUACAGCUGAGAAGAAGGUGAAGAUGCUGGAACAGCAACGCAUGGAGCUGCUGGAAGUGAACAAGCAGUGGGACCAGCAUUUCCGGUCCAUGAAGCAGCAGUAUGAGCAGAAGAUCACAGAGCUACGCCAGAAGCUGGUGGACCUACAGAAACACGUGACUGAGCUGGAGGUGGAGCGUGAGCAGAAGCAGCGGGACUUUGACCAGAAACUCCUCCUGGCCAAGUCGAAGAUUGAGACAGAAGAGACUGACAAGGAACGGCUGGCAGUAGAGGCCAAGGAGUUGCGCCAGAAGGUCAGGUACCUGCAGGAUCAGCUGAGUCCUCUCACCCGGCAUCGACAAUACCAGGAAAAGGAGAUCCAGCGGCUCAAUAAGGCCCUGGAGGAUGCCCUCAGCAUCCAGGCCUCUCCAUCAUCACCACCAUCAGCUUUUGGAAGCCCAGAAGGGGCUGUGAGCCACCUGAGGAAGCAGGAGCUAGUGACACAGAAUGAGCUGCUGAAACAGCAGGUAAAGAUCUUUGAGGAAGACUUCCAGAGGGAACGGAGUGACCGUGAGCGCAUGAAUGAAGAGAAGGAAGAGCUGAAGAAGCAGGUGGAAAAACUGCAGGCCCAGGUCACCCUGUCAAAUGUCCAGCUCAAAGCACUCAAAGAUGAGGAGAAGGCCAGAGAAGCCCUCAAGCAGCAGAAGAGGAAAGCAAAGGCCUCAGGAGAGCGCUACCACGUCGAACCCCACCCUGAGCACAUCUGCGGGGCCUUUCCCUAUGCCUACCCACCCAUGCCAGCCAUGGUGCCUCACCACGCUUUCAAGGACUGGUCCCAGAUCCGCUACCCUCCACCCCCCAUGCCCAUGGAGCACCCGCCUCCACUCCCCAACUCUCACCUCUUCCAUCUGUCCGAGUACAACUGGCGUCCACCCUGUGCAGGGAUUCGGAAUCCCACUUCCCAAGUGAUGGACCCACCCCCAGACAGGCCUGCAGAACCAGAGUCUGCAAAAAAUGACUGUGAGGGGCCUCAGUGAGACCGCAUUGGGUCAUUUGGCUCCACCUUCGUCUUGCAGAGCCAGCUGACCUCAGAUUGCCGAGAAACUAAAGGCCAUGUACGUGUUCUGUGUGGCCCACGACUUGGCUGAACAGAGGCUGGGAUGAGCAGGCGGCCUACCUCUCCAGCCCCACCUCGAACUGUUUACAAGACUAGGGAGACUCCACCCAUGAGGCCUCUACCAGGUUCUUCUGGAUGCAACUAGGAGAAAUUCAACACACCCUGCCUCUUGCCAAGACAAAGGGGCCUCACCUGGCUUUGACUUGCCCUCUUUUGCCGAGGCCACUGGCUGUCCAUCCUAAGAGUGGGGUGCAACCAACACUCUUUCCUCUCAGAACCUUGAAGAAUUGGUUCCAGGCUCUCCAGAGACUACACCCAGUUCAUGUGCAUGUGUAAUUUUUGCUUCAAGCUCAGUAGCAGUACCUGGUUCAUGGCCCUCUCCUUACCCCUCUAUGAGGAGUUAUGGGAAGGGGGCUUUGUCUCUAGAGCAGAAGAGGAUGAUGCUAUGUUCUGAUGCUAGCGUGCACUCCACUGCACCCAUGGCAGCCUCUUGAGAUCCACCAUGAUCUGGGAGAAAGGCCACAUCAGCCGUGUCUGCUGAAGGGCCCCAGCCUGAAGCUGUCCUCGGCCCGCAUACCUUUUGGACAUAAAUCCAACUUGAGAAUCAA